AUGGCGGCUGGCUCGCGGGUAGAAAGUUUAUAUGAUUUAGCAGCUCUUAGCGCCGUUAAAAACUGUCAUGUUUACAAAUCAGAGUUCCGAUCGCUUCCUAAUGCUGUUCAAUGUGAUAUCUAUAGAACGGUGGGUAGUAAUAUCUUUUCUAUUCAGUAGCGUUUUUAAGACUUGGGUAUGUGAAAACACAAUCUCAGUCUUCGUUCGCAUUAAGCACAAAAACACCUUCGGCUUGUUUUUAUCCAGCUGUACGACACAGGGAAGACAGAAGUGUUGGUAGCUGAACUAAGUGAACUAGAUGUUGUCUUAAAAGCUUUAAGAGCCGGAGACACAAGGUUGGUAAUGGUAGAUUUGGGAGUAAACUUAAUUUGUCGGUGACAACAUAAAUAAAAUUUCAUUCCGUUUGAGUCACGUAAGAUCUAGCCAAAAAACAAGAAACGUUUCACAUUUCAAGAAAAUAUGUGUCCAUAUGUCCAUUUAUAACGCCAAUUGCUUCCAGGAAUAUUGAUUAUCGCUGUCUUAUUGUGUUUAACAUUUUAUAUUAACUGUGACUUACUGAAUUUAGCAUGAACUAAUAAAUCCAAUAUUAUGAAAUCAGACAGCUAAAAGAGAAACAAUCUAAUGUAAAUUACCUUAUAGCAGUGGUUUUAGUAAAUUCUCUGAUUUUUUGAAUCUGAUUUUAAUUAUCACACUUAGUUUCAACUUUAAAUCUAGUCAAAGACAAAUUUUUAAUGAAGACUUGAACCUUCAAGGGAACAAUUCUGUUUCUGCUAUAUAUUAUUUUGUACCUAAGUAGAUGAAGAGUACAAUUUGUUUAUUUUUACCUGCCUUUUAGUGGCCAAGUUUGAGGUCUUAACUCUUAGUUAUGGACCAAUUUUUUAACUGUGAUAUAUAGCCCAAUAACAAAGUGAGUGGAUAUCAGAUAAUUCGAAAAAUAUGAGGAUUCAUGAUUUACAAUAAACACCAAGAAAACGAAAGCUGUUUUUCAAGCUGAUUUGACAGAGUGAAAUUCUUACAGAUAUCAUUACAAUGAAUCAAUCAAUUAAUAAAAUUAUCUAAGGUGACUUUCUUUGCACCCUGAUUUUUUUAAGGCCUUUUAGAUUGCAUUUAACCCAUCAGAUAUUUCAAAAAAAUUCAUUGCUAACAUAUAACAGGUUGAUUGAUCCGUGGGUUUUGAAAUUUUCCUUUCCUGUGUUUUCAAGAGUCAAGCUUUAUGCUGUCUUCCAAGGACUGCAAGAGGAAGGAUUUGAUCUCUCAUCAAUCCUUGCUUCUGAGUUUCUCAGGACGUGUUCUGAAGGAAAAGAAAAGCUAGAGAAACAUGCCAUUCAGAAGAUCUUAAAAUCUGGAAUGUCCUUGGGUAAGUUUCUAAAUUAUGCAGCUAAUGAAGUCUAAGGUUAACCAUGGCAAAUUGUUUACCAGUAAGCAUAGUUAUCAAUAAAUGUCUACUAGUGACCACCUCUCCUUAAUUAUUGUUUCUUCCUAUCGAAAAGUCCAUAUAUCACUCUUGUUUUAACCUCUGUCUAACAACUUCCUCUCCUCUAAACAUUAUUUUUUGUAUUUACUGUAACAGCCACUCAGUUGCAUCUAAACUGCCAAGAAAAACUUCUUCACCAUGGCCAUUGAUUUAAAAGUGCACAAACUGAUUUUCGCUUUUUUAUCUUUUAUUUUAACGAACAUGAACUAGGCAGCAAUUCUUGCUACAUUUCCCUACUGCAAUCUGGCCCCUGGUUUUACUUUAUGAUUUAUUCUUCAGGGAGUUUUCUGCUAGAGGCUGGAUGGUAUCAAGAUGCCAAAAAGAUACUAGAUACCUCUUACAAACUUUGUAGUACAAAAGAGCCAGAGGACUGUAAAAUAGCAGCUAAACUUCUAACAAGGUACAAAAAAUUACACCUUUCUCAAUAUGUAUGGCACCUUGUAUUAAAAACUGUAAUACAAGAGAGCCAGAGGACUGUAAAAUAGCAGCUAAACUUCUAACAUGGUACAAAAAAUGACACCUUUCUCAAUAUGUAUGGCACCUGUAAACACUCAACUCUCUCUAAGGGACCGGCACUAAGUGUCUGACUUAUAAUAAAAAAGAGAGUUAUCUGUCUUAUAGAGAGUUAAAUAAAGGGAGUAAUGAAAGGCAGGGUCCUCCUUUAGGUGUCUGUUUUACAGAGGUGUUCAUCUUAUAGAGGUGUCUGUACAUGUUUAGAGAGAGUUGACUGUAUAUGUUUUGGAUGUUAACCUUUACCAUGCGAGCAGAGGCCCUUUGAUUACAGUUAACACUUUACCCUUGGUUACUAAGGAAAGUCAAAAUGUAAGCCAAGGGUAAAUUUAAACCUCAGAAAAUAACCCCUAUAAGUCUAGAGCAACAUUAGACAGAGCUGUCAUUAAGGGUCACCACUAGGUAUUUCCCCUGGCUAUUGUGAACAUGCCCUUGGCUACUUUCAUAGGAGCAUAAAAGCAAAAUAGAACCAAAGAAAUUUGUAGCGGUUUUGUUCUCCGCCUUCAUCUUUACAACACCCCUGUUAGAUCUGUUAUAUUCCUCAAUACCAUUUCUUUUAUUCUGUUUGUCCUAUGUUUUGUAUUAGGUUGCUUCACCUCAGAACUGCAAAUUGCGAAUUUGAUGCAGCUAAGGACACAUUCAGAGAAGCUAUGGAGAUUACAAGCAAGUUAGGAAGCAGAGAUGCAGAAAUUAACAUGGCUGUUCUCUAUGGUGAAAAGUGUGGUCUCUUGUUUGCCUUAAGUGAUUAUGAAGAGGUAAAUCGAAUUCAAUAAUGUUUAUAAUAAUCAUGAUGAUGAUAAUAAUAACUUAUUAUUAUUGUUAUCAUUGAUGGUUGAUGUAGGUGGUUUUUUAAAUUCAUUUGCUAGAAAUGUUUCCAAAAAAUGCCUAUUGAAGGUACUCAUGCAAGUUACUGGUUACUGUCUGGCCAAAAAGAACCACAGCUGCCCAAAACACUGUUCAUAAAUUGAUCAUAUCAUAAUCUUUUACUCCUCAUUCUAAAUAUCAGCUUCCAAGUUUAGGCAUGUGUAAAAAGCCUAAUAUCAAAACAGUUUUUGGGUUUAACUUCGCCUUUAACAGUCCGCAUUCUCUCCUUGGCCCAGCCUCUUCUUUUUCUUUUCCAUGAUGUUUGAAACUGAUGAUGCCACAAGUGGCACAAGGGACAUGGGUUGAUAUGGGCAGUUACAGGUGUUAAGGGGGUGAAUGGGUUAAAAAUUAAAUCCUGAGAAUGAGUUUCAGAAAAGUCAAAUCAAAGUUUGGUGUAUGCACCUCUGGACAGUGACCAUCUCUCAGAAACAGCAACCUCUCUGAAUGUUGUCAAAGCACUUUUCUCAGUCAAAUAACUGUAGUUGUAACCUCUCUUAAACAACCACCUCUUACAUAAAAGGGACCAACAGAUCUUGUCAUCUUGGACUUGAGUGAUCACUCAUGGAAGUUGUGACUGCAAGUAAUAUGGUAUCACAUUAGAUCAAGCUAUAGCUAUCAGUGGGGAAAAAUUGAAGAACAGCUCCCAAAAAAAUCUGUCGGCUGACAAACGACCAACAGUCAGUUGACAGUUUUCCCAAUUUAAACUGAAAAGUGUUGGUGGACAGUUUGUUGACAGUCGGUUAACUGUCGGUCAACUGUUGGUCACUUGUCGGUUAUCUGUCAGCAAUAUGUUAGUGCACUUUUUUAUAAUAUAGAGCUCUUGGUUCAAGUUGUUUCAGCAUUUGCAAACAAAUCUAUCAAGAAAACAUUUCAAAAGCGCUGGAUUACAUUACUUCGGAAAAGAAAUCUUUAGUUUACUUUAUAUCAGGUAGCUAUUUUGCCAUGGGGUCAGACAUGUUUUUCACAGCUUACUGAUGUCCUCACCAAAAGGGAGCAUGGUCUUCCAUCGUGCUUCUCCUCCCCACUUUAUUUUAAGGCUACAAUGAAGCCUACAGCGCCGAGAAAAACUAUUUCAGGCUGGCUUCUCUCUUAAUAUGUCAAGUUAGGGUCUAGAUGAGUGCAUCCCAGACUUACUUGGAGAUCUGAAUGUGCCACUACAUGCUCAUUGACGUAAUUAUCAUUUUUGUAGGCUUACAUAUGCAGCAUGAAGGCUUUACAGAGAAUUGGUCCUGGAUUACCCAUGAAGGUAAGUUGAGAACAAAUAAUUUUUACAUCUGUUCAAAGUUCUGAUAAUAAUAAUUUUGUUUUAAUGCCAAAGUCAUUUUACAAAUUUACUUAACUGAAAUUUUUUUAGUCAUAAUUCUACACACUGUUCUAAAUUCUGUGCAAAUGAUUGUUUUAAAUUAUGGUCCUAUUGCAGAAGUGUUUUUAAUAAAGGCCAACACUCUCAGUCCUUAUGUUGGAUAAAGCAUGAUUUUACAAGAACAUAGUACUUAUCAUUUUUCAGUCUUUACAAGUUCUGUUUAAGCACCAAACCAAAACUUAACUAAGAAUGCAGUUGUGUUAAGUUAUUAUUAAUUUUAAUACUGUAGUAAAGUCAACAAUGUAAUUCUCUUGUGGUAGUGUGAUCAUAUAUUUUUAUAUAUAUAUAUAUAUAUAUAUAUAUAUAUAUAUCUAGCCGGAUUUAUGAAAACCGUAACAUCGGACACCAGGAGCCCACACACCUUAAACUGACUCAACUAAAGUAAAUAUCGCCAAGAAACUCAGCUCUUACCCAUGGUUCUCUUAAGGUGACUCUCUUCUUGGUUCCUGAUUAGCAAAAGAAACAUUCAAGUCCAUCAAAAAGACACUCUGGACUUGUCCAUACACUCUAGCUGCUUAAAGGCCCUGAAUGACGGAGGACGCUUGAGACUUCAGCAAGUUCUAAGCAGAGAAUUCAAGGUUAAGUCACCCCCUGACUUCCUCCACCCCCCAGCCUAGCACGUGCUUGAGGGGAAUGCUUUCAUUGGCCAAUGGGCCUCAAACGUCACAAGAAUUUCACAUGACAAACUAAAGGCAGACGUGACCAGUGCACUGACUCUCCCAGACCAGGACUAACGGAAGGUACAACGCUUUUGCAGCAGCCUCCCCCCCUAGGGAUUGACGUGGAGGCCCCUUUCCAACCCAUGGCGAGUUAGCUCAGGGACUGAACUUGACAAUGAGACCAAGCAGGACAGCAAGCCCCCUAUGUUUUCUCUCAGCGCAGUGACCAGAAAGCUGGCUAUGGCCAGCUUUCUGUGCGAAUAUUCUGGUGCAUUUUCAGGUAGGUUUUCAAAAAUUCGGCUAGAUAUAUAUAUAAACAAAUCCAGGUAAUUCACCGUUGGAUCCAGAACAGUGCUCAACAAUAAGGAGCGGUUUAACAGUAAAUAGACUACUCAGUAUGAGCACAUAUGGAUUUUAAUACAGGUCUGUUUUGUAGACCAACAAAAAGUUGAUCCACUCAUCAGUUAAACUCCAUACACACUGAAGCAUCACAACGGUUAACACAGCAACAUGAUCCCGUGACAUAUUUUUGCGGUUGUCAUGACAGAGGCGUUAUUCAAAAAGUACUAAUUUAUAAAAAACCUACGUGCGCUUAUGAUACAGCAAAAAAAAUUUCAGGAUGAUAUGAGUUCGUUUCGUUUGUUCAGAGUGGCCAUCUGUGGAUUAGAUAAUAUGAAAAACUUCUCAGUGAUAACCUAUGUAUCAAAUUGUAGACAUCGAAGAAAAUAUAUUCUCAAGUAUUCCUGAAAUUUUGUUUAAAAUACAUAUGUGCUCAUAUUGAGUAGUCUAUUUAUUGUUAUAUAUAUAUAUAUAUAUAUAUAUAUAUAUAUAUAUAUAUAUAUAUUUAUAUUUAUAUAUAUAUAUAUAUAUAUAUAUAUUCUCUCAACUUUACUGAUCAUUACGACUUCACGCCGAUUUAAGUGUGUACCCCAAAUUUUGGGGUUAUCAAGUAUUCAUAUAUUCAGGCUAUUGUUCUUGCCAUUGUCGAUUACCUUCCGAAGAAUCCACGAGCGGAAUUCCUUUGAUUUAGGUGCGAUAUGUCUCUUUUGUUUCGAAUUUUGUUGCUUGAUUGACUUUUUAAUCCCCAUUGUUACCUGAUGAGUAUUAAACUUAUCCAUUAAAAUACUCGGACUUGCCUGUUAAAUUUGCUGCAGUCCGAGGGAACGCUUAUAAGUCUUUUAAGCGUGGCGGACAACUCUGGUUGCAUAACAUAUUUUCGGUCACGCACCGUAUUACAAAGGAAACAAGCCUGAUAAAUUUGAAGUUGUUUAAAGCUUAUAAAUACCUGGUCUCCAAUAGUAUUUUUUUAUUAAAUACUCUCUUGCCUUGAAAAUAAUUUGGCGUUUAAAAAAUUGCUACGGAAGUUAUUUAUUAGAAUGUUUCAUUCAUUCAUUCAGUAGCUCUGCAAUCAAGAGCGAACAACUCUUUUCAAAAUGUAAACAACGCAAGCGGUGAAUGCAUUUAACGGGAUGACACAGUUUUAUUAGAGCGUAAUUUCACUUUUUUGGAUGUUUUCGCUUGCCUUUCAGUUUUUUUUUGUUGAACAAAACCUUGCGUUUCAGUUACGUGACUGCAGGGCCCGAAAUAACGCGUAUUGUCAGUUCACCGAUUUGCAUGACAACUUGAUUCGCGGAGUAGUCGAGUGAGACGGGAAAUAUCUAAAAUCAAAACAAGAGCUGUAAUCGACAGAUCAAAACUUGCGGAGUUCAUAAUUCCUCGAAAUAAUUCUGUAGAAACGCUUCUAUAGUUUCAUUGCUCUGGAGAAAUGAAUAACUGUUAUGAUUGAAUGAAUGGAUAACUCUCGGCCGGAUUUUAUUAAGCGAUAGGCGAGAAAAAAUGCUUCAGCGGCUUGCUUUGUACUUCGAAACCUCGGCAAGAAAAAAAAUCCAAUCUCGGUCCACAGUGGUCGAAAUUUCUCGUUCAAGAUCUCUUUUUGAAGCUCUCAAAAUUCCACUUUUUGAAAAAUACGUGUCCAAGUCGAAGAAGUUUUGCGAAAGACUUAAAUCCAUAAACUUCUACCGCAAUAUGUGCGAUAAUUCUCUGCAGUUUUAUUGACACAGUUAGAACAAAAGGAUACCAUUAAAACUUUGCAGCCCUGGGCAGCUUAAUUAAGCCAUUGUUCAAUUCCUCUGAAUUCCCUUCUGAGUCUUCCGCCAUAAAAUCUCACCUUCUUUAAACCGAGUCAAAACGAGCACUCUCGAAGGGAAAGUCCGGAGGAAUAAAUUGAGCCUUCAGGGUACAAAAUCCAGCGGCUAUGCCCAUUUCUGAAAUACACUCUUAAAUCGGCGUGAAGUUGUAAUGUUUUCUAUAGAACUGAGGUGAUAUUACACUAUAAUAUUUGCCAAAGGAGAAAUUUUAUGUUGGUUGGUGUCAGAAAAUAAAGCAAUAACCUAAGAUUUAUCUUUAUUAGUGCUUUAAUUUAAUUUAAGAUAUAGGUAUUGCCUUUUGAAUAAAUGUUCCUGCUCAGUUAAUGCCCUGGGUUUUUAUCAACAUGUGUCAUGGUAUUUAUUUACUAUGUUGUCUUGAACUGCGAAAACAAAACCUGUUCUUUAUGUUGCAGGCUGUAGUUGAUAUUCUUAGGAAUGCAUCCAAGGUAAAGUGUCAUUUUCUCCUUUUCUGUAGAAAAUAAUAUUACUCUUAUUUCAGAACAUGCAGUAACUAAGGUCAAAUAACCAUGCAACCUUAAAAAUAUGCAGAUUGCAGUUUAAAGGGAUACACUCAGCUGAUGCACAUGCACAUUACCGUAUUUAUUCGACUAUAAGCCGAGCGAUUUUUACACAAAUUAAAACUGAAGUGAAUUAAAAUUUGGGCUCUAGAGGGGGUCUCGGCUUAUAGCCGAAAGUUUUUGAAAAAAAAUUUUUUCCGGGGCAUGGAAACUCUACUAAAUCGAAAUGUAUUUACGUAUAAGCCGAGCUAAAGUAAAGAAACACAAUAUGCCAUUUGUUAAAGUCGCGAGGUUGUAUGACGUGCGACGAGCUUUGGGCAUGAUGACAACUUGACUUGAAAUAAACGAUUGCGAACACGAGAUUGUUUGAUAGACGCUACGGAUGUCUAGGUACUGGUGAUGCCGCUUAACAACACAGUUAGUUUUAAAUUCAUUUUUUGGAUCACAUUAAUUCAUCUGAGUUAUGAUUCAUUGCUUUUCAAUUGAAUAGUUAGUUACGGUUAAUACUAAUAGUAUUUAUUAAUUCGCGUGUGCUUUUUAAGAGGGAAGCUGUUUGCAUAAUAAAUCACCAUUGCAUCUCUUGUAUACGCGCGUGUGUGUUAUCGUCUAAGCCUCAUUUAUGACAAUCAAUGUGAUUUUUUUCCGAAAAUGUUAGGUUUUCCCGUAGUUACCAAUUCAGUCUUGUAAUAAUGAAUGGGUCUCGGCUUAUAGCCGGGUGUUUUCGAUUUAUUUUUGGUUCUCGUUAUGCCGAGUCUACACGUUCAAAGUUUGGGGUCUCGGCUUAUAGCCGAGAUCGGCUUAUAGUCGAAUAAAUACGGUAGAUACCAUUUCUUGGCUGAUUUGCAUAUCACAAGACGCACAUAAAACUGAAAGUGAGAAGUGCAUCUUUGGAAUAUGUAAACUAAUUACGAGUCAAAAUCGUGAUUAUAGACCCUAAGACAUAUCAGAGCACUCAUUUUUUAAAUACCAUUGAGAAUUCACUGAUGGACUUGGCCAAGGAGAGCCAAACUUCCAAAUUUGAAGAAUCAGUAGAGGUGAGAAAUGACGCGAAUUCUGAAUCAUUGCCGAAGGUUCAAGGUCAAGAAAACUUGACUUUUCAAAUAUAUGUAACAUUUCUCCAUCAAUUUUCCAAUUGUACAGUUUAUAUAAUGAUGAUUUGUUCUGCAAUGUUAUUGAUUCAUUUCUCUUUUUUUCGGUAAUUAAUUUUUCCUGCCCGGCAUCUUCACAUUUCCCACUACUUCUUUUCAUGUUCCUUUGGAUGCUGUGUUUAACCAAAUAUGAUAAAACCUUAUGGGUUGUGUAAAAGUUUGCUCAAAAAGAGGUUUUCAGUAUAAGAUCGAGGAUCAAAUGAAACACUAGGCAAUAUCAAAGCAGAUUUCUAGAUUGUAUCCAACGCAUACAUUUGGUUUUGGGUUGAGGUAAGUGCUUGUCAAACUGGCAAAAGUAGUGUCCAGGUCAGCACAGUCCUAUAACUGACUGUGCCCCUUUAAGGUCAGAUAGAAACCAGAGCACAAAAAUAACAAAAUAUCUUGGCCCUAAUAUUGUACUUGCAGAUGACAAAGUAAAGGUUUUAUUUGAUAGUGAUGUUAACAAAAAAAAAAAGUUUUUAUUUUUUUCAGGCAUGUGUGGUUAAAAGAAAGUUCAAGAAGGCAGAACUUCUUAUAAAACAGGCCAUGUUUUUAUCCAAGUAAGAAAAACACCUUGAUUCACGUUUUGUUAAGCUUGCCCGUGUUAUUAAUAUCAAUGCCUUAUAAACAAAGUGGUCAUGGAAGUAAGGAUAUGUGACUCAAGACUCCACUACUUCCAUGUAGAAUGUACCCAUGAGGAUUUAAAUAUUAUUUUCAUAUUAGGGUUAAGCUUUUAAGGAAGUAGAAUUGUUGCGGCAACACUGGCUGGAAGCUUAUAGGUGUGGUUUGAGAGAAUUUGUUCUAAGGCCAAAGGGUUUACCUUUCCGUCGUCGUUUUAUUGAUUCUUAUAACCUUUUGUCUUGGUUACGUCUUGAUAAAUUAUUGAUAUUGUGCUUCCCUGAAUUUUCAGUUUGCUGGGUUUCCUUACACAUGAUUCAAUUUGUGACCUCAAUUGGACAAUAUGGCUACUAUAUGAAUAGUAAUGAGUUUUUGAAUUGUAUCUGUACUAGUUGCUGCCUUGUUAUUGUUAUUUGGUAUGGAAUAUUGUUCCUUUUUUGAUUUUUCAGACAACAUUUUGGAUGUAAUCAUCCAAAGUAUGCUGACACUUUGAUUGAUUAUGGAUAUUACCUUCUCAAUGUAGAUGCUAUUAACCUCUCUGUUAAAGUCUAUAGAGUGAGUAUCAGUAAGCAUUUAAGCUGCAUACAGGUGGUUAAAAUCUUGGUCUUGCCUGGCUUCUGUAAGACUCCUUGUGCAGCCUUUCUUCAUUGUCAAGCAAUACCCCUGAGUAUUGUGUGACUAUAUAAAAGAACGGCUACAUAGGAGACUCACGCUAUCAAUAAAUUUUAAAGAGUUGAGUGCGGAAAAAAAUCACUAUCAAAGAAAGCAGACUUCAAGAAGUUUCAGUAGAAUGUUUUGAACAUUAUGGACAUCAUUUUUAUGAACAAUAAGAAUGUAAUGAGUCAAAAGUUGUGAUUUAAUCAUUUUUGACAUUAGAGUAAGAAAAAUCUCUUGCAUCAUGUAUCCUUGUAUCACUUCUAUUAUCUCCCUCUUACAGAUAAUAUAGAGACUCAUGUUCAUGGCAAACAAAAAACAUCAGUUUGUACCACAUGACCAAGUUUUCCUACUACUUGUUUGUUCAUUCCUUGCCCAAGAAAAUGAGUAGUUUCACACCAGUUUGAUCCAAAAGAAUUUUGUGCAGAAUAGACCCUUCCACUUUCUGCAAAGAGGCCAUAAGAGGGGGGAAUGAUGGUGGGUAUGAACUUGCUGCACCCGGCCCACCACCACCGCCACCGGCACCACCAUGCAAUGUCUGUGAAUUCUUCAUUAGUUUUCAACAAAUCACUUUCAGAGUUGAUAACUUUACUAUUGAGUUUAAUGUGUUGAAGGAUUUUCCCUAACUGGUCCCAGUCAAAAGUUGAAAAAACCAUACCAUUCAUGGAGGGGUCUAUUUGUAAAUUUUGAUUUCCUAUUAUGAGGAAAAAUUGUCAAAUUGAAUCUGAUGUUUGCAUUUGCUGUAAACGUGAUUCAAAACCUCUCCUUUGGCUUUCGACCCAAGAGCAGAAAAAGAAGAGCGAAAAAAAAAAAUUGACAUUUGAUUUUUUCAAAAGGCAUUUUAUUAAAAGAACAAAUUUUUCUCAUUUGAGCUUUUUUUUUUUUGUUGUGUUUUUUUUAUUAAACAGACUGGUAUAUUUUUCUGUACGUUAUCAGGAAGGCUUUUGAUGUACUAGGUAAUGUGACCAACACAGGCUUUUUGGCAUUUUACAACAACUUGAAUUGUUUCAUGCAAACCCAUUAAGCGGGAGGGGGACUCAGCUCACGAAGAUCUUGGUUAUGCACUUUACGUUCAUGAAUACAGCACAGGAGACUUUGAUGAAGCUAGGUAAUGUGACCAACACAGGCCUCGUAACUAAUUCAGGCAUUUGAAAGUGUCAAGUCGGUAAUGUUUCACUUGAGUUGUUUCAUUUGAAAGCAAACAUUAAUGUGUUUAAUCCCCAAUAUCCACAAUACAAACUAUCCAGACUGCUCUCCAUACGUUUCCUUGUGGAGUUAGUUGAGAGAAUUCAAUAAACGGUCGAAGAAUUUUCCGUUAAGUGAUCAUGUCACUAAUUCUCAUAAACCUUUCUGUUUUUCCCAAAACUUCUGCAAGAUAGUACAUCGUACUCUUACUACAGUCGCACUUCUCGCUACCUAAAACUAGUAUACAAACACUUUUCUAGAGAGAGGAGAAGUGUGAUAUCACGUUUCCUUGGUAGCAAAAUUUUGAGAUCCAGAAAUUGUGCCACCAUGGUAACGUGAUGUAAUGACUUCUCUCUAUUACAGACAGUUCUCUUGGUCCCAAAGAUACAAAAUACAUACACGGUUUUCCUCUUUAACAGAGACAUUUGUGUAAUGCGGACUGUAGGCUCUGUCUCUUUGAUGUCCAAUUUUAAUAAGAAGAUUUAACUGUGUUUGCGUUACUCAGAUUUCUUUCCAAGGAGUUAACAAUUUUGAAACCCCCGAAAGUAGCUUUACCUAAGGCUGCUUAUCUACCUUGCAAUUGAAAAUUGAUGCUCACGAAUUUGUUGUUUCUUUAUCUGCGCAGAUAUCAUGCCGAGAGAGCUAUCAGUAUAAUAACAAAGCUCUUUCCAGAAGAUCAUCUUCUGCUCGCAUCUUCCAAAAGAGUUAAAGGUAAAUAAUGGUGUUGUAGCAUGUUACUUUGAUUGUUUGUUUUUUUUUUCCAGCGAGUGAAAGUCCGUUUUGGUUACUUUCAUUUCAACCAGUGAGAUACCAUUCAAUGAAAUGAUCUUCUUGUUGUGUGGGGUGGGGGGCAAAGAGUAGAGGGAGCGACUUUCCCGCUCUCCCCUGUAAAGAAUAUCAGUGGUCGCGUAUUGUUGUUGAGGUGUUGCUUUCCCUUCAAGAUUAGGAGUAGCCUACGUAACAAGCGAUUCCGUGCAAGAUCGUCCAACAUUCGCCCAAUUACACAGGCUAGGUUAGCAGACACUUAGAGAAGAUUAAGUCGUUAUAAUUUUUUUUUUAUUCUUUUAUUUUUUUCAGCUCUGAUUCUAGAAGAAAUAGCAAUAGAUACCCCGAUCAGACAAAAAGAAGAGGAAAUUCUUAAAGAGGCUCAGGAGCUUCAUUUGGCCUCUCUUGAUCUAGCUAGGUAAGUUAUAUACUUACGCUCGCUCAGCUUGCUUUCUGCAGUGGAACCCCAUCCUACGGGUGUCGUUUUUUAUAGUCACUUUGAUCUGUCCUUUUCAGUUCUAAAAUGGUUCUAAGGCUUACUCGUCCCCCAGUCGUCUCUAUUUGGAUCGGACGCGGAGAACGAAACUCGAGAAGCUUGAACGAUAGGAACGCUAGGAGUAAUGGGAAGGACCGCGCUUCUCUCGUUAAUAGACGGCAAACCUUGUGUGACAAGCGUGAAAAUAAUUUUGUUUGAAAAAGAAUUUCGGCCAAACUUCACCCCUCUUUAAACAGAUCUUUUUAUAAAAAACCAGAAAACAUUGAUGUUAAUCGAAGACUUCGACAAAAAACACAAGUAUAGCCCUGUCACGUUUUUCACACACAAACGUUUACCCGGCGUCCUCUUCUUUCUGCCGUCCUAUUGCGUUAAUUUACCAAUAUUACUAGGGGACUGACAGACUACUAGGAACGAGUCAGGUUUUAAGGAGGGACAAAGUGUAAUAACUUAGUUUUAACAGUGCUAAGGGAUGUCUCUUCGAGGGAGGAGAGGGAGGGGGUUGAGACAAAGAGACGGCUGUUACUUCGUACUAUUUACUCCUCUUUGUGUUUUGUUCCUUGAGUUUAUUAUGCUGGGACGCUUAUGUCACCUUCACUUUUGUUAAUGAUUGCAGUUUUAAAAGUAGGUUUUUCUAUUUGCAGGAAAUCGUUUGGUGAAAAUAACGUGCAGACAGCAAAACACUAUGGAAAUUUAGGUCGGCUCUAUCAAUCCAUGCGAAGAUACGAGGUGUGUCAUAUAUUUAAUACAUUUGCCUGAUAUUUAAAAAAUAACAUCCAGUUUAGCAAACACUUGGGCCCCAUAAGGUAUAAAAAACAUUAUUUUUAAAGUCGGUUAGUGAUUUGUUGUCAUUUUUUGUGACGCCAAUGGGCUACAUGCAUACAGUGUGGCUGUCUUUUAACAACGCUGUGGUAUUUAAGGCCAGCCUAAUCCUUGUCCGUGUAUAAACGAUCUGUUUGUUUUGUUGUCGUUAUAUAGGAAGCAGAGGCCAUGCACAAGAAAGCGAUUGAAAUCAAAGAAAGGAUACUUGGUAGCGAGGUAUGUCUAACUGGUAGCUGAUGUGACCGCUACUGUUCCCAUUCAUUAUCGUCCAGACUAACGAAGGUUGAGCGAUUCAGCCAAAAUAUUUCGGUGAAAUUUGCCACUUCUAGUCAAAUCCUUGUUGAACUUUUGUUUUUUCUAAGGUUAAGGAAUACCAUGUUGAAGCGCUAUGGCCCAAUAAAGUGUCUUUAUUUGACGGGACGAUCCCGUUUAGGCCAAAUAAAUGAGUGUCCCCCAGGCCUAUUGGAAACGAAGUACAUGGCAUACUUUUUUCAGGGGGGGGUGGAGAGGAGUGCAAUUUGUCAAUACAUGCUACUUGUUAUACGCUUCACAGCUGAAUGAAAGAUAUUUGCCAGUUAUUUCCCACAAUAUCCGAUCUACUGUGGUGAAGUCAAUGUUUUUGUUGUUAUUCUUUUUAACCUUGUUAUAGGAUUAUGAAGUAGCAUUGUCAUUGGGUCAUUUGGCGUCAUUGUACAAUUACGACAUGGAACUAUACGAUAAGGCUGAACAGCUGUACCUCAGGUCCAUUGCAAUAGGUAAGUCUUAAAACGAACGCAGUAAAUAAAGUCUGUUCUCCAGUCGUUUUCCUCUUUUUUUCGUGGAAUUUGUCGAGCUCCAGUGGGCGAGCUGAUUUAAACACCCACCUCCCCUCACGCCGGUGGUCAAUAAAUCCCCCGCGAUUUUUAUUUUUGUACGUGCCCUCGAAAAACUCUAAGGAAAAAAAAAAGGUUUAUGAACAGACUAACCUAAGAAGUAGAUUAGCUCUUUUAUGUAGAAAUUUAUCCUUUUUUCGACGAAUUCACGAAGCGCGCAUGGACGAGCUGAUCGUCCACCCACCUCCCCUCAAGCUAGUGGUAAAUAAAUCCUCUGCGGUGUUAGUUUUUGUACGCGAGCUCGACGAUCUCUAAAGAGAAAACAGAACGUCUGUGAACAGAGUACAGUAAAUUUCCUUACAACUCUCGCCCCCCUCUCGCUUUUGCAUUCUAACCAGUUGAUGUGCGUCUAACACUAAUAGCUACGUGAAAGCCUAUACCUACUUUUUCUCGUGUAAUUACUUCAUUGGUUUAUUUUUUAAAAAUCCUAUCAACAAGGGCUUCUGAGGUGUAUUUUUUGUGGUACCGUGUGUUGAUUGAGUCAAAUGUCAAACUGAGUCGCCUUUCAUAUGUAGGCUUUUUAUAAGUCCUUUAGGUUUUUUUCAUACAACCUCUUAUACUUUGCAAUGCGCUUUUGACCUUUAAGUAGAGCCCAGAGAAGUCCUGUGUUUUAAAACUUAACAUUGAAGCUUGUAUAAUUUGCCCUUAUGUAGUUUUCUCUGUUUUCACUGAUUUCCCUGGAGAUAGAUAUCUUUGAAAAACUGAUCACAUAAUUAAUCUUUGAUUUACUCUUAAAAUAGGAAGAACACUUUUUGGCGACGGCUACAGUGGACUCGAGUACGACUACAGAGGGCUUAUAAAUCUCUACGAUUCUCAAGGUAAAUGGUAAAAUAAAAUACGUUACGGGAAUAGCCCCGUUUCGUAGUAAAAAUUAAUCGCUGAAUUCAUCAUUUUAACAUUACCCAUAAUGCACCUUGUAGUGAAGUAUGCAAAAUGUUUAGGUUGUUAACAAGGUGCAUUAUGGACAAUGCGAAAAUGGUGAAUAGGGGUUACCCUCGACUUAAAGGAAAAUAUUCACAAAUAGCAGCAGCAGCAAAAAAAAUAAAAAAUAAAAAAAUAGCCAUAGUCGUCAACAGCUCUUCUUCUUGCUGGAGUUUAUAGUGACGUGGGUUAACCCUGUUAAAAGUCAUCUUCGGUGCUUUUAUUCAGUGGUCAUUGCGAACUCGAAACUGGACUUUUUUUGCAUAUGUCUCAGACCCAGGCGUCCUUGUUUGCUCCCAUUUGGCGCGCAUGGGAAGAGCGCGCUACACUCAGUGUUUUGCGUCCCUCCCAUCACACCCUGCGCUUUCUGUUGUAAGGCUGGAUAGUGGCACCUAUGGACAAGGGAAUGGUAUUCUUCCCUGCAUGACACAGAUGACGCUUUUUUUCUGCUCUUUGUGGUGAUUGCUUAAGUCCCCAGUAUUGAUGCUGCUGUCAACGUUGUCUGUCCUUUGUAACCUCGAUUUCAUGUCUCCGUGCGCUUUACAUCGCAUACGCAAAUUCACGUGCCUCCUAUUGAAUUUAUCCAAAUGGUAUAUUUGAGUAUUUUCGUACACUAUAAUUCAUUAAUGCGACUUCACAUGUACAUUUUUGCUUAGUAGCUGCGCUGCAAACACCAAUCCUUUUUACUGUUUCUCUCUCUUGAAUUUAAGGCAAUUUUGACCGAAUGGAAAGCUAUCAUCAAACGCUCAUGGAUUGGAAGGAUUUGCGAGAAAACGCUUGCUCGACGGAGUCUGCGCACGACAAAACACCAGAGCCAUGGCCAACAGGACAGUUUAUACAACAUUUCCUCAGCCAGCCAGAUUAACGACAAAACUGCAAGAACUUUCCUUUUGAACGAGGAACUCUUGUAACUACAGGAAAUUUCAAUAAACCAAUCCAGAUUUUGGUAUUUGAGCGACAUUUUAUAAGUCAUCAAAAUGUGGUGUUGGGAAGAUAGGAAAUACUCUUAUUUAUUAGGCAUCUAAAAAGCCUUAAAUUCUGUAAAUUCGUAAGUAGUGGAAAUUAACUUUUCAAGGAAACUCACUAAAUAAGAUAAUUUGAAGUCAGAGAUGUUUGGAAUGAAACAUUCUUGCGCCGAUGAUAUGCAUGUGAAGAAAAUUAUGCAAAAAUGUUGAGAGGGAACCGGAACCAAACGCUUGCUCCUGCAAUAUCCCAUUCUUUCUUGUGAAAAUGAGUUGGUUUUUUUUGCGUGAGAAUAAAAAAUCUCGUUCAUAUCAAUGGUUUCGCAUUUAGCCUCGCUUUGGAACAGAGGCUUUGGACAACCUGGAAAUGGGCUACGCCAGAGAUAUAAUUUAUGCUAAAACUUGAAAUGACCCCUUGUAUAUUUUUUUACUGGAGAAGGCAAAGUAGGGAUAUGUUUAUCUUUUCCGCUGAAUUUCUCUAAGAAUCUUGUAGGCGUGCUUGCGAAAGAGAAAGCGCCAUAACAUGUGAUCCCUUUUACGAAAUACUGGAACUUUUUUCAGGUGUUGCUCUUUUACAGUAUAAUCAAACUUUCUAUACAGGAACGAAAACAAAAAAAUUGUGGGAUCAAAUUUAUGUUCAAAUAAUUUUUCUAGUGGG